GGCUCGACUUCCAACUUGCAUGCAGCACAAAAUCAACAAUAAGCAAUCGACAAGUUGGAAAGAUGACAGAAGGACCCUCGUCCCCGUUGGUCGAUCUAUCGUCCCGACUGGUGAAGCGUCUUUCCAAGUUGGCGGAUACAGCCAGCAAGGAAUCGAUUCAAGCUUUGGCAAAGUACAUUGCCUUUCGACGGCGACACAUCAAAAAGUUUGCCGCAACCUUGGCCGAUCAGAUUGGAACCAAUCCGAGCAAGGUCCGACAAUGGCUCUUUCUCCAGAUUGUCCAUGAAUCCAUCAUUCUCGAUUCGGGGACGUCGCGGUGGGAACGCUUGUCGGAAAUGAGGGAAGUUCUGGGAGAAAGUUGUAUUAUGCAAGUGGCCAAGAAGAAUUGUCUCGACAGCGAUACGACCAAAAAGCUGGAAGGGUGCGUCAAGCAGUGGGAUUCACUCAAUGCCUUUGGAGGACCCACCAUGAUCAAUUUGAUCAAAAAACAACUCACAACGACCACCGUCAAGACGGAACCCAACACGGCAGAAACUACUACAACAGCCACGACGACAGCCACGACGACAGCAAGACCCAAAUCACCUGUACGUGCCAACAAUAGUAGUGGCCGUAAGUCGCCUCCUCGAAGUCCCAAACGAGCCAGAAGUCCUUCGCCAAAACCUGUCAGCCGCAAGAAGGAAAUAGCAGUAAAGAAAGAACCACUAGAAACGGCAGAAAAGACACCCGACAAGACAGUCGUCAAGACGGAAGAGACCAAGCCAACUCCCGACGUGGUCGCUGCAGCUGUCAAAACACCCUCCAAACGAGAUUCCUUUGUCUACGAUUUUGAUGCCAAGAACAUUCCCUAUGGACGAGUCGAUUCUCGAGAAUUCUUGGCGCCCUGCAAGGCCAUUGCCACUUUGCAAAUUGCCAGAGAUUUGCGAAAUGAUGCGGCCGUCCAGCUCUCGUCCUUAUUGAAAGCAUUACCGGAAGACAUUCAACAACUGUGUGAAACUGCCGAUAAAGAAGUCCAGGAAACGGGAAAACCAUUCCAAGUGCCGGACGACAAGGCGCGAGAAAUGUCCAUUCGAGCCAGUGAACGAUUGCUGGAUCUCGAUCUGGAUGAACAAAUGAUCAACAUACGAACUUUUAGAGAAAUCGUCUCCAAACAGCGAGCAGCUCGACAGAAUUUGAUUCAAUUGCUCAUCCGCUCGCGGUGUAAAUUUGGGGCCAACGAGGCAGCCGAAACAUUCUAUAAAUUAGAAGACACCAUGAAGGAACUACAACAACGAAAGGAAACACUCUUGGAUGCCAUGGCGUUGGAGGGACUCGACUUUGAAGCAGAAACCAAAGACGAAAAGAGCCCCCAAAAGAAGGACCAAAAGACCAAUUUCCCACCUUUGACAUGGUAUCUGGAAAAGAAGAAUUCCGAGGAUGAGCCAGAAUCCAAGCGAGCCAAGGUUGGUUAG